GUGAUGGAGAUGUCAAUCAGAGCAUUAUAACGUCAUUGCGUUCAGACGUCAGCGCUUGUGUGUUGGCGACGGGAAGACAAUAAGAUGGCGGCCGGGAAGCUGCACGGGGCGGCUGCGUGAAGGCCGAUCCGUCCGACCAUGGACGCCAUCAACACGCUGUUCUCGCAAAGCGACCCUUCCAUCCUGGCCACGGCCUCGCCGGCCAUGAGCUCCUUCGCCAAGCAGCAGCAGCAGCCGGUGGUGGUGGUGCCGGCGGCGGCGGCAGCGGCCGCGGCAGGCGGAGCGGACGAAACGCUGAGGAAAACAGGCGGCGCGGGGGGCGGUGUCUUAAACGAACCCUUCUACGUCAUGCGGGAGUUGCCAGGAGUCACAGAUCUCACCGGAAGCACUAACCUCAUCACUCACUAUAAUCUGGAACACGCCUACAACAAAUUCUGUGGGAAGAAGGUGAAGGACAAACUGAGUAACUUCCUGCCAGAGCUGCCAGGAAUGAUCGACAUGCCUGGCUCACAAGACAACAGCAGUCUGCGUUCGCUCAUUGAAAAGCCGCCGAUCUGUGGCAACUCCUUCAAUCUCCUGACCGGCACCCUCCUCACCGGCUUCCGACUGCACACAGGCCCGCUCCCUGAACAAUACCGGCUGAUGCACAUCCAGCCUCCCAAGAAGAAAAGCAAACACAAGCACAAGCACAGUCGGACUCAGGACCCCGUCCCGCCAGAAACACCCUCCGACUCUGAUCAUAAGAAGAAGAAGAAGAAAAAGGAUGAUGAUCCCGAUCGGAAGAAGAAAAAGAAAGAGAAGAAAAAGAAAAAGAACCGUCACAGUCCUGAGCACCCGGGGCUGAGCAGCUCCCAGCCCAGCAGCAGCAGCAGCCUACGCUAGAACCAUUCGAUCAGCGAGUCUGGAGGAGCAGGAGACUGUCAGCCCCAGCCCCCUGUCACUCCUCCCUUCCGCCACCCCCCCCCCCCCCCCCCCCCC